AUGGCUGAAGACAGAAAAGACGUCAAGAUCACCCUCUACUGGCUCGAGCAGUCCCGGGCACAGCGCAUCCUGUGGCUGCUGGAGGAGCUUAAGCUGCCGUACGAGCUGCAGCGAUUCAAGCGCGAUAAGGGCCUGCUGGCCGACCCGGCGCUGCAGAAGAUCCAUCCGCUGGGCAGGUCGCCUAUGAUCGCCGUCGAAGUGCCCGGCCGCGAGAAGCUGGUGCUGGCCGAGUCCGGGCUGAUAGUCGAGUACCUGACCGAGCACUUUGGACCGUCCCUGAUCCCCCGGCGGUACUGCGAGGGCUGCGAGGGCGCCGUCGCCGGCGAGACCGAUGCCUGGCUGCGCAACAGAUACUUCAUCCACUACUCCGAGGGCAGCCUGAUGCCCAUCUUCCUCGUCCAGCUCAUCAUAGACCGCAUCCGCAACGCUCCGGUCCCCUUCUUCAUCAAGCCCUUCACCAGGGGCAUCGCUGGCAAGGUCGACGACGCAUACCUCCGCCACAACAUCAAGCUGCAUCUCGGCUUCCUCGAGGACCAGGUCAAGUCCGCGCCGCAGGGAGGGCCCUAUCUCUGCGGCAACGAGCUCGCCGGUGCAGACAUCAUGAUGAGCUACCUGGUCGAGGUCGGUGUCGCCAGCAAGGACAUCACCGCAGACUCGCAUCCGGCGCUGGUUGCCUAUCUCGACCAGCUCCGGCAGCGCGACGCCUACCACAAGGCCCACGACCUCAUCGUCGAGCUGGAGGGCAGCUGUGACGUUGUUCCUCGAUGA